AUGACGAUGGAAGCACCGACCGACAAAAUAUCGCUAACAUUCAGAUUUGGGAAGAGAUUCAAAACUCAGAUACCAGGAAGGAAAGAAUGGGAAAAAGGAGAACCAAAAGAAUACAAAAACUGGACAAAAUGGUACACAGACGGCAGUAAAAACGAAGAAGGAGACACUGGAUGCGCGUGGAUAACAAACGAUCCGAAUAAAGGCAACAACGAAUACCUGGGAAAACACACGACGGUUUAUCAGGCAGAAGCAAUAGCGAUAACAAGAUGCGUCGAAGAAAUGAUAGAAAACGAAACAAAAAACGAAUCAAUAGUAAUAUUCACGGACAGCGAAUCAACGGUAAAAACCAUGGAGAAAUCGAGCUUCAAAUCAAUCGUAGCACUGGAAUGCUAUGACCGACUAACAAAACUAGCAAAGAAAAACAAACACGUAGUCCUAUGCUGGUGCCCCGGGCACAGAGGCAUAGAAGGAAACGAAAAAGCAGACCAACUAGCCAAAAAGGCCGUCGAAUUAAAAAGAAUUGGCACAGAACCAUGGACACCUAUAUCAUAUGCAAGAUUCAAGGCAGAACUGAAGAGCUUUACGUUAUCAAGACUAAGAGAAAGAUGGACAGAAACAACAACAUGCAGACAAAGCAGACAAAUGAUAAAACAGAUAGACACGACAAGAGCAAAAGAAAUAUUACAAAUGCGCAGGUCAGACACGAGAAUAUUAACGUACAUAUUAACAGGACACGCGCCCCUCAACUAUCACUUAUUCAGAAUGGGGGUGAAGACAAACGGAGAAUGUGACUGCCACACACGAGAAAUGCAAACGACAAGACACAUACUGACAAGCUGCGACAAAUACGCGAGAAUCAGGAAACAAAUAUUUGAGAAAGACUCGAUAGAAGAAGACGAGCUAGAAGAGAUAUCGUACAAGAAAAUGAUAACAUACUUCAAACGCAUAAACCCAUGGGACGAGACGAUAAACAUAGACAACGCGAGAAUACAAAAUUAA